GAUCGUUAAACCGGACCGAGAAAGAAAUAAGGCUUUGGCGAGCUCCACUGCUAAGCUCUAAACCCUUUACCUUAUUUCUGUCUCAAUUUCUUCUCUUCUGUGUGGUUCCUUUGAUUAUUUAAAUAUGAAUUUCGAACUGAUUAAACGCUCACGUCCCAUUUUACAUACUAUUAUUUGUGUUCCAUUUUACGUCAAAUGUUUCUCUUCUCUCCCUUCAAUCUCUUCACUUUCUGAUGUAGAAACCCAAUUGAGAUUACUUUGUCAAGAACCCAAUUUUCAAUCCACUAGAGCAGUUUCUUUGUUUCACCAAGCUAUCGAUUCAUAUCUCUAUCCUUCAGAGUCAAUCUGCAAUUCUCUUCUGCAUAGUUUGGUAAGGUCUAAGAAUUACCAAUUGACGCUUUCUGUUUAUAGUAAGAUGACCCAUGUUGGUAUUAUAUCUAAUUUUUCUUCUUUAAGUCUUUUAGUCGAUUGUUUUGUGCAUACCCAUAUGCUCAAAUUUGCUUUUGGGGUGUUGGGUUUGAUUUUAAAGCGUGGUUUUGUGGUCAAUGUGUAUGUUAUGAAUUUGAUGUUAAAGGGUCUGUGUAGUAAUGGUGAGGUUUAUGAGGCUAUGAAUUUGCUGAAUGAAUUGAAAAUGACUCAUGUUCUGCCAGAUGUUGUUACUUUUAGUAUAAUUAUAAAAGGACUUUGCAAGGCGAAACAAUUUGAAGAUGCUAUGAAGUUGUUAAUUGAGAUGGAGGAGAUGAAUUGUGAACCGAAUGCUUUUACGUACUCUAUUUUGAUGGGUGGUCUUUGUAAGGCUGGUAGGGUAGACGUGGCAAUUGGGUUGUGGGAGAAGAUGAAAAGAAAGGGAUCGGAGGUGGAUGUUGUUGUUUAUGGUACACUUGUUAAUGCUUAUUGUAAGAUGGGGCAAUGGAAAGAAGCCACUGCAAUGUUUAAUGCUAUGAUGGAAAGUGGGAUUCGCCCUGAUGCUUAUCUCUAUACAUGCUUGAUUUCUGGACUCUGCAAAGAUGGAAAGACUACUAAGGCUAUAGACCUGUUUAAACUGAUGUUAGAAAAGGGUGAAGAGCCUAAUAUUGUGACAUAUAAUGUUUUAAUGCAUGGACUAUUCAAGGAAGGCCUGGUUAAUGAAGCUUUAAAAAUUAUGCAAAUGAUGUUGGACAAGGGAAUGAAACCUGAUGUGGUUUCUUACAAUACCUUACUGAUGGGACUUUGCAAUAACAGUGGAGUUGAUGAGGCGAUGAAACUCUUUCAUACUGUGUUGAGGGAUGGAAAUUAUAUUGAGCCAGAUGUCAGGACUUUUAAUUAUCUAAUUCAGGGGCUUUGCAAGGAAGCUCGGGUUGAUGAGGCAACUGAGAUUUAUGAUAUGAUGAUUGAUAGGGGGUACUCUGUUAAUUUGGUAACUUGCAAUGUUUUGAUUGGAGAAUAUCUAAAGGCAGGAUUGAUUAAUGAGUCUAUGAGAAUAUGGAAACGUGUAAAUGAAUUAGGAUUUGUUCCAAAUACAAUCACCUAUGGUGCCAUGAUUCGUGGAUUUUGUAGAAUGGGCAUGCUUAAUGUUGCAAAAGGACUUUUUACUAGAAUGAGAGCGCUUGGGCUGAGCCCUGCUUUGUGUGACUAUAAUAUGUUGUUGGCUUCCUUGUGCAAGGAGAGCAGCUUGGAGCAAGCGAGGAAGUUGUUUCAAGAAUUGAGGAACUCAAAUUGUGAAUUGGAUGUCUUCUCUUUCAAUACAAUGAUUGAUGGGACUCUGAAAGCAUGGGAUAUUCAAUCAGCCAAAGAAUUGCUAAAGGACAUGCUUCAAAUGGGUUUGAAUCCUGAUGCUUUUACCUACUCCAUUUUAAUAAAUAGGUUCUCAAAACUUGGACUGUUGGAUGAGGCUAAAGAAGCUUUUAAUAGAAUGAUUGGCUCUGGCUUUAUACCAAGCAUCCAUGUAUAUGAUUCAUUACUUAAAGGUUUUAGCUCAAUGGGUAAAGCAGAAGAGACUAUAAACCUUCUUCAACUGAUGGCGGAUAAGGGAGUUGUUCUUGACUCCGAAAUAAAAAAUACAAUCAUGACUUCUCUCUGUCAUAGCUCGUUGGGUAAAGAUAUCAUGGGCCUGUUGCCUAAUUUUGCAUCAGAAGUGUCAGAAAAGUCGAGCAUCUCAUGCAAUAAGUUGAUGAAAAUACGAGAGUCUAGCCCAGAACUUGAAGUAAAUGCUGCUUGAAGUACAUCAGAAGUCUAACCUUCUUCAACUACUGAAGCUGGGUGCCUCUGUCACUCACUUGAAGAUUGGUUUGCUAAAUGAUGGGCCUCAGUUUUGUUGCCUCAUCCAUGCAAGUCUUUCUGCGUUAGCUUGUUGCCUGCAAAUCUAUUUGCAUUUAUUCCUGAUGUAUCAGCUUUUUGAUUUGAUUUAUUUUGUUUGAUCUAUGAUUUUCAGGAUAUCAGAUCUGAUACAGGGGAAAAACCAAAAAAAGAAAAAAAAAAGAUGGAGGACUUCUAAGAAUCACACCUAGAAGCUAUUGAUUAUCACACUCAAGAAAAGGAUCCUUUGAUAUCACGUCCAAGGAAGAGUUGAAUCACGAUUCCAAAUGGCAAAAACAAAAGUAAUUUUAUUAAACAAAAUUCUGAAAUAAUGAAGUUACCCUGAUAUGGGCUAUGGCUGAGCUUGCUAGGAAUCCUGAAAUAAUGAAGAAUGCACAAGAAGAAGUUAGAAAUGUAGUGGGCAAUAGAGAAAGAGUGGCAGAAAGUGACUGAUGAUCUCCAUUACCUCAAGAUGGUAAUAAAAGAAACUCUGAUCCAUUGCUACUUCCAAGAGAAGUGAUUUCCAAUUUUAAGAUCAACGGUUGUGACAUUUAUCACAAAUCAUUGAUCCAUGUCAACGUUAGGGCAAUUGGAAGAGAUCCUAACUACUAGAAGGACCCUGAAGAUUUCUUUCCUGAAAGGUUUAUUGAUAGCUUCAUCGACUUCAAAGGGCAACAUUUUGAGCUCUUGCCUUUUGGAGCUGGUAGAAGAGGUUGUCCUGCACUACAUAUGGGAACUGCAUUAAUAGAAGUGGCACUUGUAAAUUUGUUAUACUGUUUUGAUUGGAAACUACCAAAUGGAGUUCAAGAUAUCAAUAUGGAAGAGCAAGCUCGUCCUAGUCUUACUAUCUCUAAAAUGGACCCUCUCAAACUUGUAACAGUCAGAUACCUUGUUCAGUAGCCAUUUGAAGAUAAUGUAAGCUGAUGAGCAUUUCUUGAUUAUAAAUACUCUCCAGUUCAGUGGUUGUAA